AUGUCUACACCUACUAAACCGGGGACUGAGCCACAAAAGCUGACGUUCCAUACGCCCCAGUGGGUAUCCCUCGUGGCAGGAGGAAUUGCCGGUGGAGUGGAAGCAGCCAUAACAUAUCCAUUUGAGUAUUCAAAAACACGUGUCCAACUGUUGAAAGACAGUGCUAUUCGGACAUCGAAUCCACUCAGUCUCAUCAUCCAAGUUGCAAGACAGGAAGGUGUCGGUGCCUUGUACACAGGAUGCUCAACACUUGUCAUUGGAACCACAGCAAAAGCCGCAGUGCGGUUCGUAUCAUACGACACGAUCCGUAAUUCUCUUGCAGAUGAUCGCGGCGUUCUCUCAGCCGGUCGAGGGAUUCUCGCUGGAAUGACUGCUGGCGCUGUAGAAAGUGUACUAGCUGUAACACCGACUGAGAGAAUUAAAACAGCAUUAAUUGACGAUGCGAAAGGCGCUCGCCAAUUCAAGUCGAGCAUACAUGCGGUUCAAGUGCUUGUCCAAAGGCGUGGUAUCACCGAGCUUUACCGUGGCCUUGUCUCCACAAUGAUGAAGCAAUCGGCCACUUCUGCGGUUCGCAUGGGGACGUACAAUGUGCUCAGGGAGGCCAUCAAAUCUAGGGGCAUCAAGCCGAAUAUGUUCACAACGUUCGGCAUCGGUGCCGUGGCAGGCGUAGUCACUGUCUACGCGACACAACCAUUUGAUACCAUCAAGACACGUGCACAGGGUGUCCAAGGCGCUGGAAUUGCCGAAGCCUCCCGGAGUGUCAUUCGUGACUACGGGAUUCGAGGAUUUUGGAAGGGUAGCUCGAUGCGACUCGGUCGGCUACUUCUGAGUGGAGGGAUCGUAUUUUCUGUUUAUGAAGAGGUGGCUGCCAUUCUGUCUCCGGGGAAAUAUCGAUAG